AUGCCUCGAACAGUCAGCUAUUUAAUCGCUGGAGUUCUGAGCUUCGCUGCUGGAAUGAUGCAGAUCUUUGGGAUCCCCACUUGGUUCAUGAUUCCCGUUUCAAGAAUCAUUGUAACUGUUGUCACUUUCAAGCAACGCUCAGAAACAAAAGACAAAUAUGGAAUUCGAAAGGAUGCUUUUUCUGAUGUGAUGACCGCAUGGUGCUGUACUUUCUGCGCUCUUGCUCAACAUGAACAGCAAGUCAAGCAAAACCAUGUUGUUCAGCAGUAA